AUGACUCUGAGUCACAUUGGUAUACCCGAAUCUUUCUACCCGAAUCCCCAAUUUCCCACCACAAUGCCAUUAGUUCACGGACAAACUGUCGACAAACACACCCGAUGCACGCACUACCACCUGGAUCUCGAUGUUAUUGCGAUUAAAUUCUCAUGUUGUAGCCUCUAUUAUCCAUGCUAUAAAUGCCACCAGGAAGAUCAAAGCCACGAGGUGAGUCCCUGGAACCCGAACUGUUUUGACACCGAGAAGGUCAUUCUAUGUGGAAUGUGUCAAAGUGAAUGGACGUUCAAUCAGUACAAAAAACAGCCGUGGUGUUUGAAUUGCCUGGCAAAAUUCAAUCCGGGAUGUGCUAAUCACUAUCAUAUCUACUUCGACACGAAAUGUACAACUAAGAGUUUACUGGAUUCUAAGGACUAA